UGCAGCUACGGACGAGUGGAUGACUGAAUGAAUGAAGUCAACUGAAGUCACGUACAGUACACUCAGGCAUGAAAUGCAGUGCAGCAUGGCAUGUGGGCAGCAGCUGGUCUGCGUGGUCUGUGAUACGAUACAGGGGUCGGAUAAGAUAAACACACGCAUACAGCCCACGGAGGACAUGCGUUCAUUGCUCACACAGACAGACAGACACGCUGCACAUAUCUGCCUGUGCCUUCGCGCUCGCACCCCACCCACCCCCCGCCCACCAACCAACUCGCUCCAAAGGCAAAAUACCCACCCAAAAUGACUUAAAGCCUCAACCCAACAGCUGAUCCUGCAAACAUGGUGAAUCGCACAAACGGCCAAAGAGAAGCCAUCGGUUGUCCGUUUCUCACGCACAUCGACCGUGUGUUCUGCUCACCUUGAAGACGAACACCUUGUAGGAGUAGUAGGGAGAGGAGGCCAAGCCAAGACCAACCAGCAGCAGCGGCACCACCGGACUCUUGGCCUGAAUCACACACACACGCCAUGGCAAUGAACACCGCCCAUGCACUCUUAAACAGAACGCUCACCCCUCUGAGCCUCGAGAGCCCCGCAAUCAGGGUGAAGUAGCCUCCCGUUGCCCCCAGUGCAUAGCCCAUCGGCGUGUAGUCGGUGUACUGGAUCACAUAGGAAGACGCCGCAAACACCGUGCCCAGAGUGCAUGACGCUGACAUCAACACCCAUACCCACACAAACACAUGUGACGAGAGAGAAGGAAACCCCUCCCAGCAGCCAUUCAAUGCCUCCCUUGCAGCUGCGCCUCCCACCUGCCAGCGAUUUGAGGGAGCCUGCUGUGGCAUAGGCCACUCCACCGGCGCCAAAUAAGACGGCAGCGCACGAUGUCGCCUGCAUGAAACAGCGAAAGCAGCAGAUUCAAUGAAGCGAUUCCGCCGGCAGUCCAAUGCUCUUACGAUGUGAUGGGACAUCGCGAAGCGCGGAAGGGCAGAUCCG